AGAGGCUAGAUUCGAACCCUAGCCCUGGGGGAGGGGAGAAUGCACCAUGAGUGGCUAUUACUACUUGAAGUUGGCAUAUCAAUCAUCAAGCAUGCAUUUCACAGUGGGAUUACUUUCUUUGAUACUUCAGAUUUCUAUGGAGCUAAUACUAAUGAAGUAUUAGUUGGAAAGGCUUUGAAGCAGCUACCUCGGGAGAAGGUUGAAUUAGCUACUAAAUUUGGUAUUGUGAAGUGGGAUUCAAAUGGUGUCGUAGUAAAAGGUACUCCAGAAUAUGUCCGUUCCUGUUGUGAGGCUAGUCUGAAUCGCCUUGGUGUGGAAUAUAUUGAUCUUUAUUACCAACACAGGAUUGAUACAACAGCUUUGAAGCAGCUACCCCGGGAGAAGGUUCAAUUAGCUACUAAAUUUGGUAUUGUGAAAUUGGAUUCGAAUAGUGUCAUAAUAAAAGGUACUCCGGAAUAUGUCCGUUCCUGUUGUGAGGCAAGCCUGAAUCGUCUUGGCGUGGAAUAUAUUGAUCUUUAUUACCAACACAGGAUUGAUACAACAGUACCAAUAGAAGAUACUAUGGGUGAACUUAAGAAGUUGGUGGAGGAAGGAAAAAUCAAGUACAUUGGUUUAUCUGAGGCAAGCCCUGAAACCGUUAGGAGAGCUCAUGCAGUUCAUCCCAUUACCGCUUUGCAAAUAGAGUGGUCGCUCUGGACACGUGAUAUUGAGGAAGAAAUUGUCCCACUUUGCAGGGAACUAGGAAUUGGGAUAGUUCCAUACAGCCCUCUUGGUCGUGGACUUUUUGGUGGCAAAGCUGUGGUAGAAAGUGUACCUGCAAAUAGUUUUCUGGUAUGCAGCUAAUCUUUAUCUUUAUGACCUUAGCAUAUAUAUAAAAUCUUGUAAAGCAAAGAUCAUAUUAACUAUUACAUCCAUUUUCAUAUUUCAUCCUUUUUAUCAUUUAAAUGUAUGCUUGAUUAUAACUGAUGGCCAUCCUUUCCUUAAGCAAAUCCAUCCAAGGUUUCAAGGAGAGAACUUUGAAAAGAACAAGAUCUUUUAUUCACGCAUAGAAAAAUUGGCUAAAAAGCAUGGAUG